AUGUCCGGCCCCAAUCUACACAACGCUCUCCUCCGCCCUCCCAUCAUUCAGAUCUUGCGCGCUGCUGGCUUUCACGCAACGCGUCCGUCAGUCCUCGAUACACUGGUGGACUUAACGGCCCGAUACAUGAUGAUUCUCGCUUCGUCGAUGGCCGCCCAUGCCGUCAACGCUCACCCAGACGAGCCUUCCCCGGUCCUAGAAGACAUCUACCAAGCACUGCAAGAUGUCGGCGCACUACGGCCACAAUUGCGCGAAUGGGAGGAGGACUGGGAAGGCGAGGAAGAUAUGCGAGGACUGGAUAAUUUCUUGGGAUGGUUCACAGGGCCUGCGAAUCGGGAAAUCCGGCGAGUAGCUGGGUUCUUGCCCAGCGAAGGCGAUGUGAUCGAUGCCGAUUCCUUGGAGAAGGAAGACUUCCUCACGUCUCUGAAGAAGAAGCACAGCAAAACGGGCGAGGAGUCGAGAUAUGCGGGCACAGUCCUCGGUAAAAACGCCGAGGAGCAUCCGAUUAUCAUCGAAGGGGGUGCUCCCAGUAUUCAGGAAUGGAGCCACCAGGUGCGGUCACGGGCGCCGUAUGUUGCAGAAAGCGACUCUUCUGGCGUAAGCAGUGCGCCGAGUAAUUUGUCAGAUGCGGAUGCUAUGGAAGUGUGA